AUGGUGCUUCCUAUUUUCAACGGUGUCCUUCCUACUCCAACUACGCCUAAGAAAAUUUCAUCAAAUCCAAACGAUUUCAUUGGUAAAUCAUACUAUCCCUUACCUUUUCAAGCUUCCUCAUUAAUUGGAAAUCUUGGUAUUGGUUCUUCUCCAUCCUGGGACAUCAAUAUAAACAAUAAAUCGAUCAAACUUAAAAUAGAAUGGUAUGUUGAAAAGAACAAUAACAGUUCUCAUGAAUUCCCAAAAUCUCUACUUAACAUACUGUCAGCCUACAACCUUGUACAACCUACCUGGUCCUCCUCCUUUGCUGAAGAGAAACUGUCUUUCAAGUUUGAAUGGAAACUACUCUCUGAUGCUACUAACCAACCUGAACAAGUUAAAACUCCAUCUACUAACUUACCUUUCCAUACUCCUGACUCUGGCUAUACAUCAACAUCUAAAUCGAUGGAGAAGAACCAAUACCAAGAUUUCCAAUUAAUGAGGAAGCUUGAAAAGGUAAGGGAUAGUAUGAUUUACCAAUGAAAUCGUUUGGAUUUGAUGAAAUUUUCUUAGGCGUAGUUGGAGUAGGAAGGACACCGUUGAAAAUAGGAAGCACCAUCGCUAUAAUUAUGGGUUUGAAGAUCUUCGUAAAUAAAAGAAAAUAUGUAUACAAUUCGACUCCAAAAAUCUUGUAGAAAUGUAGAGGAGAGUACCAGGAACACGUAGAUACCAAAUAUAGAUAAUCCACGAUAGAUUUAAGAGCUAAAA